AUUUUAUGCACGAACAAAGUCGAUUGGGACGAAACCCUCACUGGCGACUUGCUCUCGAAGUUCCAGACUGUCAUUCGAGAAAUACCAUGUCUUCACUCAGUACGCGUGCCAAGAUGUUAUUUCGAUGUGACAUCUAAACCCACUGAAGUCGAGCUUCAUGGCUUCAGUGAUGCAUCUUCACAAGCGGCCGUGGUUUACAUCAGAUCAGUCUACGAAAAUGGUGGUGUACGAGUCAAUUUGGUGGCCAGCAAGUCAAGGGUUGCUCCGUUAAAGAGACAAACCAUUCCUCGCCUCGAACUUCUUGGAGCCAUGCUACUAGCCAGACUUUGCGAGAAAAUCACGAGAACAGUUGGGGAGCUACCCACUACCUAUUGGGUCGAUUUCAUGACGACUCUUUGCUGGAUCCGAAACGAAAAACACUGGAAACAGUAUGUCCAGCACCGGGUAAACAAAGUUCGCAAGUUGAGUUCUACCUCCGAUUGGCGCUACUGUCCAGGCCUACAAAAUCCCGCAGAUCUACCAUCCCGAGGGCUCAGUGCGAAGGAUCUCGUGAAAAAUAAUGUUUGGUGAAAUGGUCCGGACUUUCUACAAAAAUCACCAAGCGAAUGGCCAUUGGAGGACCCGUCUGUCGAAACCAACGAAGAUGCCAAUCAGGAGUCUGUGAAAUCCCCUCCUAGUGUAACGCAUAUUAUGAUCAACAACGAAAGGAAACCUGUUGAAGCGAGAGUUGACGAAGUGAUGCAGAUCGAACGGUUUGGCUGCCUACAAAGGUUGUUACGAGUUACUGCGAAGGUAUUGCGUUUCAUCAGGAUCGUAAGGUCGAAGGUUUCAGGAACAGUGCAAGAAGAGACAGUGAACGAUGAUGUCGAUGAUCUCAAGGCUGCCGAGGUGUUGUGGGUGCAGGCAACUCAACGAUGCAGUUUUCCCGAAGAAGUCAAAUUGCUAUCCGAGUUUGGCAACAAUGUGCAAACUAAUUUGAAGUCCAAGGUCAAGCAGUUUGGUCUAUAUUUCGAUGGCGAAGGCGUGAUGCGAUCUUGUGGAAGAGUUAAUGCUUCAUCGCUUCGACCAAAUAGCAAAAAUCCGAUCUUUCUGCCAAGCAAGCACCAGUUUGUCGAAUUGUUAAUCCGCCAUACACACAAUCAAAUAAUGCACAGUGGUGUUCGGGACACCUUGACUACAUUAAGAGAGCGAUUCUGGAUCUUACGCGGGCGAGAGACUAUCAAGAAGAUCAUCAGACAUUGCGUUGUCUGUCGUAAGUGAGAAGGUGGUCCCUUUAAGUAACAACCAACUCCAGACCUGCCUGCGAUCAGAGUUUCCGACGACCCUCCAUUAUUCACUCAUGUUGGCUUGGACUUCGCCGGACCGUUAUUUAUUCGAUCCAAGCCAAAUGAAUCACCCACAACACAGAAUGACAGUCCAACCAUCAAAGUCUACGUAUUGUUUUUUACCUGCGCGUCAACAAGGGUUGUCCACCUUGAACAUACUCAAGGAGUUAGCGUGGAAGCAUUUCUACUUGCGUUUAGACGGUUUUCUAGUCGACGAGGAUUGUCAGCCACAAUUACAUCCGACAAUGCUAAAGCUUUCAAGUCAUCCAGUAAGGACAUUGGGAAAAUAAUUCGAUCACAAGAAGUAUGUGGGUACCUGGUUGAUAAACGCGUGAAGUGGCAGUUUAUUGUCGAACGCGCCCCCUGGUGGGGCAGCUUCUGGGAACAGUUAGUACGCAGUGUCAAGCGGCCUUUGAAACAUGUCGUUGGUCGCUCAACUCUAACGUACGACGAGUUACACACGAUCUUAGUCGAAAUCGAAGCAAUUGUCAAUGCGUGUCCUCUGGCGUAUGUCUACGACGAUGAAGAGUCAAACUACGAACCCUUGACUCCUUCGAAUCUCAUUUAUGGUCGACGUAUAACUACGAGUCCAAACAGUUCGCAUCACGAAGUCAUGAGCACUAAUCGGUCGCUAACUCGAAGAGCUCGACACCACAAGCACUUGUUGGAGCAAGUCACAAAGCAAUGGCGAAGAGAGUACCUUACUAGUUUGUGUGAGCAAGCGUCCGUGAAGUCAAAAGCUAACGGCUCGGGUUCCUCCAUUUCCCAAGGGGACGUUGUUAUCGUAAAAAACGAGUCGACACCAAGAGCGUUUGAGACUUGCACAAGUAGAACAAUUACUCCCAGGGAAGGACGGCAAGAUUAGAUCAGCGGUUAUUAAGCUUGGAGGUGGCAACGCAAGCACGACAAGAUGACCAAUCGAACUGCUGGUACCGAUCGAAGUAAAAUCAAGCACACCAGAAAUCGUUUCAAACAAAGAUGAAGCGGUAGCUGAGAAAGAUGCAGCAGGUGAUGAAACCGCCAACGGACAAAGUCGAAGAACUGCCGCGGUUGUUGGUGAAAUGAAACGAAGGGACGGACAGAUGCUUUAGUGAAAAUCGAUAUACUUAAGAUUCAUUAUCAUAUAUUUACAUAGUUACGUUACGAACGUUUAUCACUUCACUGAUUCAGUGAAUAAACAUUGGGGAGUGUCAUGAACGGGAUAUUUUAUUCUUUCUAUUUCUAUUACAUAUUAACAGUUUUGUUGUCAUGGAGAUUGAACUCCUUGCAUGGUUAAUCAUAUGCAUGAUUUGCCAUAUAGAUGACGUAGUUAACCACGUGAUUAUAGGGUGUGACGUAUAAUAUUGGGGAUUGUUAUGGUAAGAUGAUUUUUGUGUGUAAAAAAUGUAGACCUGUCUGUAGACCUAAUUGUGUUUUAAUAUGAUCAAAGAAACGAAAAUCGCAUCCUUCAUAAAAAUAACAUCCAGCAAUUUGUCACUUCAAAGACUAGUUGCCUUUUCUGGGAAAAGUCUAUUUGUUAAAUUGUCCAUUCUGCUAUUAAUGUCCUUUGGCAAAAUGACCAUUCUGCAAAAAUUUCUUUCGACUAGGAAUCGACUACAACUGUUCCACUGCAGUACGAUUGCUAAUAAUUAAUACACCCAGUACAGUAAUUUAAUUAUUUACAGUACCUAUAUAGUACUUUUUGUUUUGGUGUUUUCAUUCAAACCAGAAGGAGAAUAGCUUCUUGACCACUCCCAGCAAUACACCAUGCAUGUAAUCGACUGGCAUACCACGGAUGAUGUCAAAACGUUCAACUAAACAUAGUUGUGAGACCAUUUUGACUCCGCAAACCUACAUGUAAAAAAGUACAACACUCAGUAUUAGUAGUUUGCUAUUGACGCCAUUUUGGUUGAUUUUUUAGCCAUAUAGACUGUAUGACUAUGUAUAAUAUUGUUAACUGUUUGUAAAACAUGCCAGGACAUAGUAAAAUCAACUCAAUUUCUUCACCGUAACAGUUAAAGAACAAUUUAAAAUCAACUGUGAUGGCACCCUUUAAUGACAUGUACAUGUAAUGAUGUGCCCCACUUUUAUUAUUUUACUUUGUCUAACAUCAGACGAUUUUGCUCAUCAAGGGGAGAGUGCUUAAGUGCUCAAAGGGCCAUAGUCCAAUAGAAAUAGACAAUAGACACCAAUAGACACCAAUAGACACCUUCCUUAGUACAGCCGCUGACCAUAUUCCAC